AUGACACCUCUGUCACCUUUCCAGCUCCUGCUGGUGCUCAGCCUAGUACCACAGCCAGUGCCUGGAAGUCCCAAGCAAUACUUUCUGAAGUACAUCCUGGAACCUCCACCCUGCAGAUCAGAGCCCGAAGACUGCAACACAUUCUGUACAGAGCAGGAGGAAUGCCCUGAAACUCUUCAAUGCUGUUCUGCCUACUGUGGGAUAGUGUGCGCCUCAAACCAAGCCCCAGUCUCCUGAGGUCUCCUCUCUUAGCCAUGGCACCAGAGCUACUGGCAGAGGCCAACGGCAGAGCCUCUUGCCCAUCGCUGUGAUGAGUCGUCUUUCGUUUUCCUUCCAUCUUGUUGCUUUUGCCAUAUUGCCAACCUUUUCUCUGCCUUGACCGAGAAUGAUUUCCCCAGAACUCCGAAUUAAAGGGGCGUCCUCAAAUCUUGUAAUCAUCCUCCCUCCACCACUGUAGUUGUGAAUCUCUGCCCCCGUCUCUCUGAAUGUACUCAUGGUUGCCUCUGACUCUCUUCUGGGGCCUUCCUGGUCCCAGAAUCUACCUUUAUCCCAGCAUCUACCUGGGAUGAUGUAUCUGGUCACAAAAGCACAUUUGUUCUCCUUGUGAUUGUUCUCCUUUGUCCAGUGAUACUAUCACAUUCAGGAGAGCUGUGGCCGAUUGCCUAGGCAGGAGCCUUAGCCCCGAAUCUUCCAAAGGGAAGGGGUCUGGGGCAGAG